AACUGCCUGGGUUUUCACACUGAGAUCAACUACUCCGGCCUGGUAGGGGCGGGGCUUGUACUCACCAGACACGAUUGUCAGAGCAUCGAGUUCCGGCAUUAUUCAGCAGUUGCGGUUCCGGUCACCAUGUUUCGCAACCAGUAUGAUAACGAUGUGACUGUGUGGAGCCCCCAGGGGCGAAUCCAUCAGAUUGAGUAUGCAAUGGAAGCCGUGAAGCAAGGAUCUGCAACCGUAGGACUGAAGUCUAAGACUCACGCAGUGCUCGUUGCAUUAAAGAGAGCCCAGUCGGAGCUGGCCGCUCAUCAGAAGAAGAUUCUCAAUGUGGACAAUCACGUCGGCAUCUCCAUUGCUGGGCUGACUGCCGACGCGCGUCUGCUGUGUAAUUUCAUGCGGCAGGAAUGUCUGGAUUCCCGAUUCGUCUUUGACCGCCCACUGCCAGUGUCCCGACUCGUCUCUCUGAUCGGAAGCAAAACCCAAGUCCCAACUCAGCGCUAUGGGAGGCGGCCAUAUGGAGUAGGACUACUCAUUGCAGGAUUUGAUGAUAUGGGACCCCACAUAUUCCAGACCUGCCCUUCAGCCAACUACUUCGACUGCAAAGCGAUGUCUAUUGGGGCACGUUCACAGUCCGCUCGCACGUACCUGGAGAGACGCAUGACGGAGUUCAGUGACUGCAAUCUGAAUGAACUGGUUAAACAUGGACUCCGAGCCUUACGAGAAACACUUCCUGCAGAGCAAGACCUGACCACAAAGAAUGUUUCUAUCGGUAUCGUGGGGAAAGAAUUGGAGUUCACCAUCUAUGAUGACGAUGAGGUCGCCUCGUUUCUGGAAGGCCUGGAAGAGCGACCGCAGAGGAAGACUGCACCACCUGCCGCUGAGGAGCCAGUGGAAAAACCGGAGGAGCCGAUGGAGCACUAGAUUUAAUGGGGGGAUUUUUGUACACCAUUAUUUUUGUUUUUGAAAAAGGAGUCCUCUUCUCCAGUCUCCAGUUAGUGGGAUUUUUCUGCAGAUGACAUCUAUAGACCCGUCUGCUGGGGGCAGGUUCGCAAAUAGUGUUUUCUAUAAUUCUGCAUUGUCCUUUAUCACGACUGAAGGCGAAUGAAAUAAAAUUGUUUUUCCUUGAA